AUGUUGUUUUCAAACUAUCAACUUGAGAUUUUAGUGAAUGAUCAGCCGCUAGAGGAAUGUGAGGAACCGAUAGGGACAGGAAGAACCACAACAGGGCCAUCUUAUGUCUUAAAUGAGUUUUCGCAAAGAAGGUUAGAGAAUAAACAGACAGUAUAUGCAGCAGUCACUAAGCUUGGGGUUCAAUUUAAAAUUCGGUAUAAAAUUCCAUAUCACACGAUAUUUGGAGGGCCUAUAAUGGCUUUCGUUUAUGUUGACGGUCUGCAUGAUAAUACAUAUUCAGCUCAUACUAGUCUAUCAAGUAUUCAGAAUAUUAGAGAAGGUUUCUACAACUAUGCAAGAGGAAAAAUAUAUAAUUUUAAAUUCGACGUUACCCUCUGGGGUAAUGACGAAGGUUAUAUUAUUCCAAAUACUAGAGCCGGUGGUCAGGGUGCAGUUUCUGUUUAUUUUUACCGGGCAAUGCAUCUUCACCAGAUUGUCAAGCCUAGAGACAUCAACAUUAAGUCUGCAAAGGUUUCUGAAGGUCGUGCUGAUUUAGGACUGAAAUUGUCCACCUCAUUUAAUGAGGAGACAAUUCCUAUUCAACAAGUAUAUGAGUCAUUGUUAGCACCAGCAUCCCUUCAACCUUUGGCAGUUCUUCACCUACAUUACCGAACUACUUCUUGGUUAAUGUCUCGAAACCUUCUUAGACCAGUUCCAAUUAUCAAUAGGACUUACACAUUGUCUGAAAUCAGAAAUAAUAAUCUUGCCAUAAAGACAGAAGAUGUCAAGAACGUUAUAGGGAAAAAAGGAAAAGCAAAAGAACAAGAACCUCGUGGCAUAAAAAGAAGAAUUGAGCAAAGGGGGUUUGACGAAUCAGACACAGAAGAUUUUAUUAAGAUUGUGGAUGGCGACUAUUUCACCAUCAAAUAUGAAACUGAAGAUCAAGUAUCUUUCGAACAAAAAAAGCGAAGGAGGUGA